AUGAUCAGUACUGGGAGCCAGCAGACGCUGGACGGAUACCAAGUCUCACUAUUGCUCAUCGUCACGUUUCUGUGCCAGGUGCCGAACCUUGAAUCAGAAUCUACGGCGCAUCGCGUGCUCUUUUUGUACCUUGCGCGUGCAUUGGAAUCGCUUGAUUUGCCGCCCAGCCAUCUCGCAGACCUCGAGCGACAACUUGGCUAUCUUCUUUCCCAGUAUCCGGAAACAUGUGUCGAGCUUAAAGCAUACCUGCAGCGUGCCUUUGCCGCGCUGCACGGCAUGGAUGGCCUGAUUGAACUUUUUCACGCAAAACUGCUCGAUUGCAUCUAUCUGCAGCACGAAGACGCUUCGCAACCUGCGUGCCAGCUACUCGAUCGUCGUUCGUUUCUUGGAGUAUAUGUGCGGCGCUCGCGCCUCACCUUCGAUAUGUUGCUCGACGAGGAGCGGCGCCAGCUUGCAGACAUAUGCAAGGCCUGGCGCAGCGGCCGUUCUGACACGUCGGUCGACGAGUGGGACAAGACUCCCCAGGCACGUACGUACAAGCUGUGGCGCACAGGAGUGCACAGUGGUGAUUAUGCCAUGGCAAAAGACCAGCUGCAUGCGUUCUUUGACUUGACCAUCCCCGGGUGCGACCAGGAGCUGCACCAGCAUGCAUUGCUCAACCUGGCCAAGUUUCACAUUGACACGGGCGGCAUCCCAGCCGCGCGCACCACUCUUGAUGAGGCCAUCCUGCUUGCACGCACGGUCGGCGAUACAGAGUGCAUGCGUGCGUGCGAUGCACUGCUGGAAAAGCUGGCGUAUUAUGCCAGCGGCGCCCCGGAUCCGCAUGCAUGGCUAUUGACGCGGCGUGAUGCACAGGAAGCACUCGCGGCCGGUGCAUACUCGCCCCUACUACUCUGGAAAGCAGCGCAAGGAGGCCAGCGCGGACAGCCAUUGCUCGCUCUUGUGCAGACCAUUGCAGAUGCAACGUGGGCGUCGCGCCAUGCCAAAAACGACGUGCAUCUCCCUGGCCUCGACUGGGAGCCGCGGCCCAGCGUUGAGCGCAAUGCUGCAUGUUCGUCAGCGCUGCUUGCACGCCUAUGGCUCACGCUGGGCGUCUCAUCUGUGACAGAGGCGUACGAGGCGCAUGUAGCCAACCUUGCGUACGCCAAGCCCUACGAUUGGGACGAUUUGCGACUGAGCACUGCGGCGACGUGUGCGUAUAGACUUGCCGAGGGCGGUGCGUACGACGAAGCGGUGCAGGCCUUGGUGGAUAAGUCUACCGUGUCCCUUUUGCACUCGAUGCGCCAACGCAAAGCAUGGCACACGUCUGUCAUGGACAUUGUGUAUUUGCGCGCGCGCCGACAAGCGCAUACCGCCACGUUGCGUGCCUUGCAAACACUAUACCCCCACUUGGACGCAGCACUUGCACAGGAACCGCCCUCGCACGCACACACGGAGCAGCUGCUGGACGAAGCGAGGAGCAUUUUGCGUGCUGAGCAGCCGCAGCAGUGCUUAGAAGUGCUGAUGAAAGCCAUCGCUGCAUCAGAGCAGCAGCACCUCUUUCCGCUGCACCGCGCGGGACUGGCCGUGCUUGCAGAAGUCAUGCUCACCGGACUGGACAUGCCGAGAGAGGCCAUCAAGAUUGUGGAAGAAAUUCUUCCGCAUGCCCUUGCCGACACGAAUGUGGAGCGCCGCGCGCAUGCCGAGAGCGUGUAUGCCAAGUGUCUCUUGUCCAAGAAAGAUGUACGCGGCGCGCGUGGUUGGCUUGUGCGCGCAGAAAAAGAUUUCGCCAAGACAGAAAAUGUGCGCGAGCAAGCUACGUGUCUCUAUUUGCUAUCGCGCCUCGCAAAGCACGGCGGCGACGAUGCGCAGUCUAGUCAUGCCUUCGCCAUGUACGAACAGGCGCGGCGCCAGGAGCACGUAGCAGCCACCGACGCCGCGCCAAGCGCGUUUUACGCUGCGCAGCACGCAUUUUGCCUUGCCGUGUGUUCCUCCACAUCGGCCGAACGCACCGGUUAG